AUGUCAGGUAUUUCGUCCAGCGUCGAACAUUUGUACCAGGAAUUCAUGCAAGACUGCCAUGGGGUUUUUCUGCGUCCUGAAGAGCAUAAUGUCCAUCAGGUGGCCUGUGUUUUGAGGAAGUUUUUUUCCAUGCUCAGCGAACCUGUGGUGCCUUCUUCGAUUUGCGACAAACUUCUUGAAGCUUCAUACCUGAAAAGAGAUGCAGAUCGGCUAGAACGCUAUCAGAAACUGCUGCAGCAGCUUCCGCGAAUAAACUACGUUACGCUUCGCAAGAUGAUCCAUCAUUUCAAGGCAGUGACGCAGCGUUCUUCCACUAACAAAAUGACCGUUCAAAACAUAUCCUGCAUUUAUACGCCCACCCUCUUUUCUGUUCCACAGAGCUCUGGUCAACUGCUCAAUUUCGAUGAUACGAUCCAGUUGUUCACAAUCAUGGCUGAUUUUAUUAAUAGUUACGAUAAGCUAUUUUGCGUGACUGAAGCUGAGGCCAAAAUCGAUCAGGAUAUAACGACUGCCCGAGAACUGUUGGCAAAUCCUGCCAGAAGCGUAAAGAAACUAGAAAGCGGAAUUCUUCAUCACCUGCAUGUGGCUGAAAAGGAUAAAAGUCCGCUGAAUAUAAAUGUUACACUUAGCCUUACCGCUCAAGAAGUGUGUGAGUACCUGGUAGAAAAGAAGCACUUUUCGGCGACCGAAGAUAUUGGUAUAUUCGAGGUUGUGUGCAACGGCGAGCUUGAACGUCUCAUGUUACCGGACGAGACGAUUCACGCCACGCUAAUGCGUUGGGUAUCGAUGCUGCAGCAGGAGUGCGCCGGCAACUAUCUGAUUGCCAAACACAAUUAUGUGCUGGAAAAGUGGAACUCUACCGCCGACAACUGCUCUUCGAGUAGCACCCGGGGCUUGUCUUUUGCCAAGGUGAAGGCGCAGCUGGGUACCAGUAGGUUUCACGACUUCGACUUCGACAUCGAUGGUCUCACGCUUACGAUGCGCAGGGACAAGGUUAGUGAUGCCAUGCCAUUUCUGCAUCUGUUACUAAAGGUCAUUCUAGAUUAACC